AUGAGCGCCGGCCUUAUAUGCGCGUACCCGCUCUCUGGCGGCUACGGACCCAUCCCACGGUUCCUCUACUACAUCCUGCUGAUCAUCACGCUCGUAUUCCACAAAACGAAAUGGCUGGUCGACAGCACACUCGGCGCGUCCAUGAUCUUCAGCUCCAUCGCAGCUGUCCACGCGCUCGCGCUGGACGCGGCGAAAGGGAAGGCAACGGUGGAUUUGGACAUUAUCCCAGUAUAUGCUAUCACGGGCGUCGGGCUCGUCGCGGCGAUACCGCUGAUGGUGUGGUCCAAGGCGCUAAGAGAGGCGGAGACGUCUGCACGACUGCUUGUAUUUUUGUGGAUCCUCGUUAUGUUCACGGGGAACAUGGCGUCUUUAGCAAGCAUCAAGAAGAUCCCGUCGCCCGCGCCGUGCGACGCAGACGCGUGCACGGCGCCAGUGUGCAAUGUCACGUUGCCGCUGAGGCACACCCAGCAGAUCGUCUCUGUCCCGUUCCACCGUGGCCUCGGCCCAUUCGCAACCGACACAUGGGCCACGCUCUUCUCGUGGAUUGCAGCCUGUCUCGCGCUCACAGCCGCCAUGUUCUUCUUGGAGCAGAAACGCCCGCUCGAUAUUGCACUCGCACAGCUGAAGACCAAGGCCGGCUCGCGGCGCCUCCGCCGCAAAAACGCGAAUAGAAUCGCAACGUGCGCGGUAUGCGCGCCGCCGCUUGCUAUUGGGUUCUGUGUGGGCCAUAUCGUUGUGAUGGAAGUGGCGAUGCUCGGGCCGAGGGGGUUGCCCGUGGGCGAGGAUAUGACAGCCAUUGGGCAGUGGGGGCCGUUAGUUGGCGCUGCAUUUGCGACAAUCGCGUCGAUCAUUCAGUGGGGGUUCUACGAGCCGGAGGUCAAGAUGGCAAGCACUAGAGAUGUGGAACAGAUGCGUAGGGUUUCUCAGACUGACCGGGCACCUGGGGCCGGGAAUGGUGUUUUUGAUACGGCGAUGUAUUUUCAGGAAGGGUAUUGGUGGGGACGAGGGGCGGAUGCGCUGCCUGUUAUGGAACACGGAGGUGUGAAAUGGAUUGUUAGGGAUGGAAAGUUGACGCGAUUUGAACAGUUACUUGAGAUGAGUAGUGUAGUUGUUAGAGACGAAACGAGGAGAUGCAAAUAUCCAUUGUUUUAG